GUUUAUGGAGAUCGAGAAUGGCGGAAAGGAGCUUUGCGAUUCGACGCUUGUGGAUCCGAGCUAUGUCAUCCAUCUUAUUCGCGAGAUGAUUCCUCAAAGCUCUUGUGAUGAAUUCGAUGCAAGAGAAGACACUGCAAAGGAUGAUCCAAGCGCAGAAGCUGGCUGUGUUUUGUGGGACUUGGCAGCGAACGAUUCCCUUGCGAGGCUCAUGGUCGAUAACUACAUCCUCGAUGUCAUACUGGGUAUUUUGCAAGCACCAAAGUCUGAUAGAAUCCGGGAGAUUUGCCUGGGAAUUCUUGGAAACUUGGCGUUUCACGAGGAACUCAGUGGAGUCAUUGCUGAGAAUCGAGAAUUGCUAUCCACAGUGGUGCUGCAGCUCUUUGUCACAGACGCUCAAACUCUAGUAGAAACAUGCAGGUUGAUCAACGUUGGGCUACACAGCAAGCAAAUGGAGUACUGGAUUGGCGAGAUAAACACGCAAGAGACCCUGGAGCACAUACUUUGGAUUGCAGAGAAUACGCUCAAUGAGCAGCUGGUAGAGAAAGUUUUGGAGCUCCUGCUCACGAUGGUGGACAGCGAGAAGAAAACGGCCGCGGUGUUUCUUCCGGGCCUUGUCAAGUCGGGCAUUGUGAGCCUGCUAGCAAAACUCACGACCUCCCAAGUCGAGGGGAUCACGCAAGGCAGCAUUUUGACUGGAAAUGUUCUUGAGUCUUUGCUUCAAGUCGCUCUCGAGGUAUCUCUCUCGGUUGAGUUCUCCGGAUCCAUCGCGGACGACAAUGAACUGACAGCCGCAGUCUUUCAAGUUGUCCACCUUUCUUGGAAGGACGAAGUCGGAGUGGCAGCAGUAACGGCGAUGGUCUUGGUUGCCAACCUUUUUUCGCAGAAGCCAGCCCUUGCCAAGGAAGUUUGCGAAGAUGCUGGUUUUAUGGAGCGCUUGCUAGCUCUCAAGCCUCUAACUGAGGACGACGACGCUGCCUCCAAUGCUCUCUCGAGUAUCAUCCAGAGAAUCGAACAACAGAAGCGGGAAAGUAUCUUAGAGGCUCAAAGAAUUCGAUAGCACGACAAAGGCAGCAGGAUGGCGAGGCUCCAGGUCGAGCACUCUUCGAGCAGCUCUCCUCGCCAACUCCAUAUCGCCAUGAACUCCACAAGCCGAGAGAAGCGACGUCCACAUUGCAGCACUCGCAGCAACCGGCAUGGCCCUUCGCAAACCCAGCAAAAACUCUUCGGCCUCAGCGAGCUUCCCAGCUCGGCCCAGAAGAUCAACCACGCAGCCGUAGUGCUCCUCCUUGACCGCCAAACGCUUGUCCUCCACCAGCGCCGCGAAGAACUUGCAACCAUCCUCCAGAAGCCCGGCGUGGCUGCAAGCCAGGAGAAGUCCCACGUAAGUCAGGCUAUCGGGUUCCACUCCCUCGAGCUGCAUUUCCCGGACCAAGCUCGGAGCUCGGCCACUGAAUCCGUGCUGUGCGUGCCCUGCUAUCAGCGCAUUCCAGGCUGCCACACUUGGAGUACAUGUCGACGAGAGCGCUGGCGACGAUCACGUCCGAGUGGAGUCCUCGCUGCCGGAUCUGUUCGUGGAGGCGGCGGCCGAGUGGGAGAGCCGAGGCUGUGACGCAGGCAGCGAGAGUGGUGAUGAAAGUGAUCCGGUCAGGCUUAAGUUCCAUCCGGUGGAAGAAGAUCUCGAGUGCCGUGGAGGAGUCGGCGUUGUCGACGUGAGCCGCGAUGAGAACGUUCCAAGCGACGAGGUCCGGCUCGGGGAUACGCUGGAAAGCUGCGGUGGCGGCGUCGAGGCGGCGGGACUUUGAGUAGAAGUUGACGAGCGCGGUGGCGACGAUAGUAUCGGUUUCCAAGCUCGACUCGGAGAUGAUCCCGUGAAGAGCUCGGCCAGUGGAGAAAUCUUCCAGAGCUGUGCAAGCAUCGAUCGUGGACACGAAAGUUAUGGCGUCGGAUGGGACUCCUUGGAGCUGCAUGGUCCGGAAGAGCAGCAGAGCGUCCGAGAAGUCGUGGUUUUGGACGAGAGCUGCGAUAAUCGCGUUCCAAACUACCGGAUUUCUUUCAUGGCAAUGGAAGUUCUCGUGGAAGA